AUGUUUUCUCUCAUUUUCUGGUUUGUUGGAUAUGUUGUAGUAUGUGCUUUCAUUUUAUAUAUUAUUAUUGUGCCAAUAGCAUCAAAAUACCUUCCAGAACUAAUUGAUAUUUUCUUUUUUUUAAAUAUAACUACAAAAUUGUAUGCAUCUACCCAUAAACCAUGUGCUUCAGGUGUUAAAAGUUUAACAAGAAAUUUUUACAUUCAUCAUGAAAAUUCUACUUUCGGUAUAUGGCAUUCACUUCCACAUUCCUUAUCUACAGAAAUUGAUGAUUCAGUAAAUUUGGAUAACAGAUUUUUUGAAAAAAAACUUGCUGAUGGAAUGGAACUUGUUGUAAUUUAUUGUCAUGGAGCUUCUUCAUAUAGAGGAAAUAGAAAAUCUAUUGAAGUAAUGAAUUUAAUGAGUAAUAUGGAUAUACAUGCAUUUGUCAUUGAUUAUAGAGGUUAUGCUGAUUCAACUGGACAUGUAACAGAAACAAAUUUAUAUGAUGACCUUCUUUCACUUUAUAAUUAUGUAAAAAAAUUUGCUCCACAACGUAUAUAUUUUUGGGGACAUUCAUUAGGAGCUGGAAUCGUAACAAAAUGUUGUUCUGUUUUGUGUAAAAAUAAUACAUCUCCAAGAGGUGUUAUUUUAGAGUCUCCAUUUACAAACGCAAAGGAUGCUUUUAUUCAUCAUCCAUUAAUGAUAGCAUUAAAAAUUAUUCCUAAAUUAUUAAAAUUUUCUGCUAAAGCAUACUCCAUGAAAGGUCACUCUUUUAGAAAUGAUGAGAACAUAACUUAUAUAACAUGUCCAAUAACAUUACUUCAUGCAGAAGAUGAUAUGAUAAUACCAUGUUUUAUGUCCCAAAAACUCUUUAAAAUAGCUGAAGCAAAUAAUUUGAUUGCACGAUUAUUUAUUUUUAAAAAGAAACAUGGUUAUGGACAUUCAAAAAUAAUUUCUUCUAAAAAUAUUGAAAAAAUAUUGGAAUCGGUUUUAAUAUAA